ACUUCAAGAAGCUUCUGCAGAAAAAGAUCCAACCACCAUUUAAGCCAAGCGUGUCGAGUCCUGUGGAUGUUUCCAACUUCGACACUGUCUUCACGGCCGAGGCACCUAUCGACAGUUAUGUUGACGGCUCCCACCUCUCAUCCACAGUCCAAGCUCAGUUCGCUGGAUUCUCGUAUAAUGGGUCAAACAUGCCUAUCGGCUGAUGCAUGAUUCAUCUCAAAUCUCUUAUCUGGUAGAUACCUUUCGCAUGGCUUGGAAUUUUGUUCACGUAUAUACUGUAAUUGCUGUUCAAUCAAGGCAUUUUGGAUAUUAGUAGUUCUACUGGUUGCAUUGGAGUCAAUAUGAUACAUGACAACAGGGGUUAUUGUACCCCAACACAGUCGGUUAGUCAUCACUGGCAUCGGGGAGAUUACGUCUCAAGCUCUCUCUCAAGUGCGGCCAUUAUGGCCACUGUUGCUCAUCACAUUCGUUCGGACUAUAAUCCUGAGGAUAGAGAGCGGCUGGAGAAGGAGACGGGCCAAAUUCCAAUAGACGAAGCAGAAGAGUGGAACACAGCGCCAACUUUCUCUGCUGCCCGCCGUGCCCCACCUCCAUCAUUUGUUCCCGCGCGCAUUCAAUACGACGAGUGGGGUUCCGCUGUUUCGCUUACCCAUGCAAUAUCUUCGAAUACCCCUCCUCCAGAUAGUGGAACCUCUAAGUGGUAUAGAGCGUUGACAAGGGAUAACUCGGUGUCGGGGAAUGUUAACCUACCACCAGCCAGACCAUCGAGCGCACCCAGUGAAGCACCCAAGCCAAAGACGGAGGCUACCACCAAGAAUAACUGGUUCAUUAAAAGAGCGCUUCAGUCUGAACCAUCAACAAAACCUAGUUCUCCCGCGCCAUCUUUGGCAGACCUCCUUGCACGAGAUCCGCCACCACUACCGUCGGAGGGACGGUUUGUUCCUCCAGUCUGGCUGGCAAUAGGGCCAUCAAAUAAAGGCUUUAAUUUACUACAGAAGAGUGGCUGGAACGAAGGAGAAGGGCUUGGUGCACAUGUCGCUCGACCUCCGCGCCCCCGAUCGCCAGCACAUAAAUCUAAUGGUGCUGAAUCAAUAUCGUAUGCACCUUUGCGAGGGGCAAGUGUGCCGGCCGGUGACCAGAAACCUCGAGACAUACAGCCCGAUCUCAUCGACCUCACUCAAUCCGACUCAGAGUCAGAAGACGAUUUUGAAUCGUUCCACCAAUCUCCUUCCCUUCCGCUCGUUCCAGUGUCCAGUGCAUAUAAAGGAACUGAUCCGCACUCCCAGAAAUCGCUGUUGACACCUAUUCCAACGAUACUCAAGUCUGACCGCCUUGGCAUCGGUUUGAAAGCGAAAACGGAGGGCCCAUACAAGCAGUCGAAGAAGCGGGUUACUCAUAACCAAGCAGCAUUGGCAUCCCACAUUAGAGCUGCCGAGGAGCUGCGAAGGAAGAAGGCUGAGGUCGGUCGAGGUCGAAGAGGAUUCGCGAAGGUACGAAGACGCGAAGAGAACGAGAGGAAACACAUGCUUGCAUAUCUUAAUGAAUAGCUUGUCUUAAUAUCUCUCCCUCCCUCAAACACUAUGUAACAUAAGUCCUAUGCUAGGCGUGAAUUGCAACGAGAAAGCUACAAAUUACACAGACGAACACUAUUUUAAUAAGUGAAAAGCUUGUCGUUACAUACAUAA